AUGAGAGUAAGUCCAACUUCUUGUCUUUGUCCGGUUUUGCUUUGCCUCUGCUUCCUGGAGAGGGGAUAUGGCAGCGGCCAUCAUGGCGGCCAGGUCAGGCUCCCCUUUCGGAGCCAUAACCUCACCCGCAGCCACAACCAGACUAAGGGGCCGGACGGAGAGACUGAAGUGCACCACAGGCCCAAACGAGGCUGGAUCUGGAACCAGUUCUUUGUCUUGGAGGAACACAUAGGACCAGAUGCCCAAUACGUAGGGAAGCUUCACUCAAACUCGGACAAGGGUGACGGCUCUGUCAGAUAUAUUCUGAGCGGGGAAGGAGCGGGUACCAUCUUUAUCAUCGAUGAGGUCACGGGAGACAUACAUGCCACCAAAAGUCUGGACCGGGAGAAGAAGUCCCAUUACGUCCUGCAUGCGCAGGCCAUCGAUCGGAACACCAAUAAACCACUGGAACCAGAGUCAGAGUUUAUCAUUAAAGUGCAGGACAUCAAUGACAACGCACCCAAGUUUCCAGACGGUCCUUUCGUCACAUCUGUGCCGGAGAUGUCAGAAGUCGGUACAUCAGUGUUCCAGGUUACUGCCACAGAUGCGGAUGAUCCCACUUACGGGAACAGUGCCAGAGUGGUGUACAGUAUCCUCCACGGACAGCCCUACUUCUCCGUGGAUCCCAAAACUGGUAUUAUCAGGACAGCCUUAGCCAACAUGGAUCGGGAAGCGAGAGAGCACUAUGCUGUGGUGAUCCAGGCCAAAGACAUGGCAGGGCAGGUGGGAGGGCUGUCUGGCUCCACCACUGUCAACAUCACACUGACUGACGUCAAUGAUAACCCUCCCAAAUUCCCCCAGAAGAAUUACCAGGUGUUUGUACCAGAGUCAGCACAGGUGGGCAAACCGGUGGGGAAGAUCAAAGCCAACGACGAGGACGUGGGGGUCAACGCGGAGAUCAAAUACAGCAUCUUAAAUCCAGAGGGCGUGGCCAUGUUUUCCAUCAGCACAGACAGAGACAGCAGAGAGGGUAUCAUAACUCUAAAAAAGCCUCUGAACUAUGAAAAGAAGCGAUCAUACACUCUUCACAUUGAGGGGGUUAACACACAUUUGGAUCCACGAUUCUCCUACCUGGGCCCGUUUAAAGAUACAGCAACCCUAAAGAUCACUGUGGGAGAUGUAGAUGAGCCUCCUGUCUUCUCCAUGGACUAUUACAUCAUGGAUGUGUAUGAAGAUGCCAAGAUUGGCACAGAGGUGGGAGCAGUCACAGCACGGGAUCCUGACAGCAAAAACACCCCUAUAAGGUAUUUCAUUGAACGUGGUUUGCAUGCUGAUCCUUAUUUCGACAUCGAGGCAGACAGUGGGGUUAUCAGAACCACACAGCUCCUAGAUAGAGAGGACACGCCCUGGCACAACAUCACUGUCAUGGCAACAGAGAGAGAUAACCCGAGUCUUGUGAGUCACGUGCCUGUGACAGUUCAGGUACUGGACGUCAACGACAAUCCACCAGAGAUCAAUACAGAGGAAAACAUAAUUAUUUGUGAAGGCACAAGACCAGGACAAGUGAUACAGACCAUUACUGCUGUGGACAAGGAUGAUUUUGCGAAUGGCCAACGAUUUUCCUUCUCCUUUCCAAGCGACAUUCCUGUAAAUCCUAACUUCACACUUAAGGACAAUGAAGACAGCACAGCCAGUAUUGUUGCUCGGCGACGGAGAUUUAAUCGGAUGACACAGGAGCUGUAUGAGUUACCCAUCGUGGUGUGGGAUGGUGGGGAACCGAUGCUGAGUGGCACCAGCACGCUCACGCUGAGUGUGUGCCCAUGCCAACGUGGCAGCAGGGUGAAGAUAUGCCAGGGAGAGGCUUUCCUCUCCUCUGCAGGCCUCAGCACCGGAGCGCUCAUUGCCAUUUUACUGUGCGUGCUCAUACUGUUGGCUAUUGUUAUUCUGUUCAUCACUCUGCGACGAAGCAAAAAGGAGCCACUGAUCAUCUCGGAGGAGGACGUACGGGAGAAUGUGGUGACCUACGAUGAUGAGGGGGGUGGGGAGGAAGAUACCGAGGCCUUCGACAUCAUCGCCCUGCGCAACCCCGCUGCUGCGGAGGAGCUCAAGUUUCGCCGCGACGUCCGGCCGGAGGGCAGCCGCCCCGGAUCGUCACGGCAACUGCCCCGUAGACAUGCCGACCGUAACAGUCCCUGCUCUUCUCUACAGCUGGAUGAGGAGUUGGACGUGCGCGAGUUCAUUAAACAGAGACUGGUGGAGGCAGAUCAGGAUACAAGUGUGCCACCUUAUGAUUCACUGCAGACCUAUGCCUAUGAGGGCCAAGGGUCACCGGCAGGGUCAAUAAGCUCACUAGGGUCUGCCGGUAUGCAUUCCGAGCAGGAUUACACCUUUCUGGAUGACUGGGGUCCGGAGUUCCAGAAACUGGCAGAACUAUAUGGAGAGGAGACAGAGGCAGAGGUUGAAUCAGAAUCAGUGGAGAAGGAUACGGAUAAACCAACUUAA